AUGGAGUCAAUAAAGCUUCAAAACCUUCUCGAGAAACAUUCCCAAAAAAAAAACGCCAUUAUCCACUCAACACAUCAAGGAAUUAUUGAAGAAUUAACAUUUGAAACUGUUUUUGGUAUAUCUAUUAAACUAAAACAAUUUUUAUUGGAUAACAUCCCACCAAGUUCAGAGGUGAGCAGGGAUUCCGAAGGAAACAUUUGCUUUGGGCUUCUAAUGGAAAAAAACAUCUUUAUACCUUCAAUUAUUAUAUGUUUUCAGGAUUUGAACUACUCAUUUGUGUUUCUAACAACCAAAACAUUAGAGGAUACCAUAAAAGCGGUAAAUAUAGCAUGGCUACUUUCAAUAGACAAUGAAGUUUCAGCCAACCAUUUUCAUCUGAAAAACAAAUUGAAAAUAUCUGGUGAAAAAAAUAUUGAAUUAUGGAAAAACGAUUCUACUAAUCAUAAUUAUUUGCCUAAAGAUAUUUUUUGUAUUAUGCAAACUUCAGGCUCCACAGAAGAAAAUAAAAUUGUAUAUGUGCCAUAUAACUGCAUUGAAAAGAACGUAAUAAGUUUGAAUAAAUUUUUCAAUGUCUCAAGUGAUGACACCAUUUACUGGGGCACACCUUUGACUUUUGAUCCAACUUUAGUAGAAUUGUUAUUGGGAAUAAUGUAUGGAGCUGCCUUGCUUAUUGUACCAAAGAGCACUGCGCUUAAUCCAGUUGUUUUAUAUGAAAUAUUAUUUAGAGUGAAUUUGGUUACUUUUUUGCAAGUAGUGCCAUCGAUUUUCUUAAGAUGGGCUAAGCAGCAAGUGUCCGAUAUACUCUUAAAUUCAUCUUUAAAAAUAUUAGCAUUUGGAGGAGAACCAUUUCCCCAAGAAAUACUCAGCUACAAAAGAAACCCUGAAUUAAAAUUAUUCAAUUUAUAUGGUGUAACGGAAUUAUCUUGUUGGGCAACUAUUGCGGACUUAUCCUCUCAUUCUUACCAAAGUGAAGUUCCUUUAGGCAUUAGUUUGGAUGGAACAUUUAUUGAAAUUAAACACAAAGAGGAGGACGUUUUUGGUGAAAUUUGUAUUGGUAGCCAAACGAGGCAGUGCUUUUUAAAUGCGACAAAAAACAAAAAUCUGCCUUGUAUAGUUGAAACAGGAGAUUUGGGUGAAUGGAAAAACGGUGAUUUAUUUUAUAGAGGUCGUAAAACGCGAGUAAUUAAAAGAUUCGGCCAUAAAGUCGCUUUGCAUAAAUUAGAAGAAAUUAUUUUUGAUCGCAUGGGACUUUUAAGCCGCCUAAUUUUUAAUGCAACUCACAAGAAGUUGUUGGCUUUUGUUAAAAUCGAAAAGCAUUAUAAUGAACAAGGAAAACUUCGUUUGAUAGACAAAUUGAGAGUGAAAUUAAUACACACACUUCCUGAAUAUAGUAUUCCAGAUUUUUUAGAUGUUUUAGCUGAAUUCCCUCUAAAUAAUCAUGGAAAAAUUAGUGAUAAAUGCUUAGUGAAGAUUUACGAAAACAAAAUUGACUCUUUGUAUAAAGCUAAAAGUAAUAGUGAAAUUUUUUUGGAUACUUUAACUAACUUUUUGAAAAUUCCACUAUCAAAAAAUCUACAAUUCAAAUUCACAGAAUUGGGUGGAAAUUCUUUAACGCUUAUGCAAUUUCUGCAAACAUUUAAGGAACAAAUUCAUGGAGAUAUUCCUGGGGAAUUAGUCACUUUGCUCUUAAAUGAUAGUAUCAAAAAGUGUCUUAACUUUAUUGAGCAGACUAUGAGUGUGAAAAGAAAACUUUCCAGUCCUAUUAGAGAUAAUAGAGAAACUAAAAUUUUGAAAAUAAUUGAUGGGGAGCCAGAAGAUUGUGUUUUAUGGAAAUUUAAUCUAAAAGGGUGUGUUGAUUCUGCUCCACUGGCUUUCAAACGAGGCAAUAAUAUUUUUGUUGCUUCUGGCAGUUAUGCUCAAAUUUUCUCGAUUAUUUCUGAAAGUGGUACUGAAUAUUUAACACUCAAUAUGCCUAGCGAAAUAGAGGCUCAGCCAUGCGUUUCAAGCUGCGGAAACUUUAUUUUUAUUGGUUGCGCUGAUGGUUUUAUGUAUGCCAUUGAUUUAAUUCAAAAAAAUAUUUUUUGGAAAUAUCAGACACUGGGAAGGAUUAGAAGUGGAGCUUAUUUUUGUGGAAAUUCCAUUAUAUUUGGAUCGUAUGACGAGUAUUUGUAUUGUUUAGAAAAAGAGAGUGGUGCAUUAAAUUGGAAAACUAAACUUCUUGGCAGUAUCAGAGCAGAUCCUAUAGUAAAUGUAAACUCGAUAUUUGUGGGUACAAUAAAAGGCAUGUGUUAUGGUUUGAAUAGAAAAAAUGGUUCAGUAACUUGGACUUAUAAAAUCGAAGGGCCUGUUUUUGGAUCUCCUUGUCUGCUGCUCGAGGAUUGCACUGUGUGGGGUAGUGUGACUGGUAAACUUUAUUGCUUCACUGCCAAAGGAGUUCCUAAAUGGACACUUGAUAUAGAGGGACACAUUUUUUCUUCUUUAAUUUGCCAUACAAAUGUGAUUUAUUUUGGAUGUGAUGAUUCUUAUAUUUAUAAAGUAACUCCAGAUUGUGAAAUAUCCAAAUUUGCUAAGCUUGAAUCGGCAAUUUCUUCAUCCCCUUUUGUGUAUGAGUAUGAACAGAAAAUAUUUAUAGUUUGCACAUGUAACAGUGGAGUCUUAUAUGUCAUAGAAGACUGUACUGGAACAGUCAUAUUUAGGAUGCAAUUACCUUCCGAAAGUUAUUCUUUACCCUAUGUGCUCGAAAAUCAAAUUUAUGUGGGCUGUAGAGAUGAUAAUUUAUAUUGCAUAAAUAUUGAUCGGGUUUUAAUAAAAUACGAAAACUCUUAA